AUGGCGCCCACGGCUUCAACAUCCUCCUCUUCGGCGGCUUCGACGCUGCACGCCUCAUCAAGUGGCGCCAAGGCCACGGGCGAAUUCGACAUCAUCUCCGCCUACCACUCUCUCCUUUCCUCCGACUCCGAACUUCCCUUUCCCAUCGCGGCUAUCUUUGCUCUCUCCGAACUCGUCUCCAAGUCUCGGGCAGCAACGACGUCCGAGUUGAUGGAAAACAUUCGAUCUGCCUCGUUCCGGCUCAAGUCCUCGCUCGAAAAUCCGGUGCCUGCGACGGCCGGGUUGGACCUGUUCACCCGCUUCGUUGUGACCAAGAGCUGGGAUUCGGGCGACGACUUUGAAGCGCACAAACGCAGCCUCUCUGCACUGGCGCACGAAUUUGCUACGCACACGGUCCCCAGUUGUCGCGAAAAGAUCUGCGAGCUGGUGCUACCGUUCAUUCGGGAUGAUAGCGUGGUCUUGACGCACUCGUAUUCGAGGGUGGUGAUGCAGGCGCUCAAACAUGCCGCGUUGGACCAACGCAAGAGGAUCAGCGUCUACGUGACCGAAAGUAGACCCCACGGACUGGGGUUGAAGACCUACAACCAGCUGGUCAAGCUCGGCAUCCCCUGCACGGUCAUCCUCGAUAGUGCGGUGGCGUACACCAUGCCCAAAGUCGACCUGGUGCUGACGGGUGCCGAAGGAGUCGUCGAAUCCGGCGGCUUCCUCAACGCGGUCGGCACCUACGGUAUGGCUAUCAUCGCCAAAGCGUCCAACAAACCCUUCUUUGCCCUCGCAGAGAGCUUCAAGUUUCUCCGCAUGUUCCCGUUGAACCAGUACGACCUGCCGACGAACAGCGGGCGCAGACUUCUCGCGUUCCCAGGACUAGAUGGUGAAAAGGACGUUCAGGGAACGCCCAAGUUGGGCGAAAGGGAAGAUUUGGGGACAAUGACAAAGGCUCAGGAAGCAUUGAACCCGGCGAUCGAUUAUACCACGCCGGAUUUGGUCACGUUUUUGUUUAGCGAUGUGGGCGUGUUGACGCCGUCAGGGGUGGGAGAUGCGUUGCUUGCUGUGUAUGGUGGCGCGGAUUGA